CCGUGAAGCAUUCACCAUGGGAUUUUGCCCCACCAAGAUUUAUUGUUCCAACACCUUAAGCAGUUGGGAAUUUGUCGCAACAAGCGCGGGGACAGCAGUUCUUCUAACAAGAGCAGUAAUUAUUCGGAACAAACUUGGAGACUUGACGCUUCAUGAUGGCCACCACAACGGUAACUGCGACAAUACGAAAAAAAGAGGCCAAUCUGCCGCCAGAAAACGAGCGCUUCCUUCGCUGCUGCGCAGACAUCGCGAGGGCUCUCAUCGAGGACCAUGAGGCGGCUCAGGAUUCCACGCGGCCGCGCAGGGACAUCAACCUCAACACCCUCCGAUCCAAGUUUGCAAAGAAGCACAAGAUCAACAAUGUGCCGCCGCUCACUGCCAUUAUCGCUGCUGUACCCGAGCACUACAAGAAGUACAUCCUGCCGAGGCUAAUUGCCAAGCCUAUCCGCACAUCCUCUGGGAUUGCAGUGGUGGCCGUCAUGUGCAAGCCACACCGCUGCCCCCACAUCGCAUACACAGGCAACAUCUGCGUUUACUGCCCUGGCGGUCCGGACUCGGAUUUCGAGUACAGCACACAGUCCUACACUGGGUAUGAGCCCACUUCUAUGCGUGCCAUCCGGGCGCGGUACGACCCGUUUGAGCAGGCGCGCGGCCGCGUUGACCAGCUCAAGGCGCUGGGCCACUCGGUGGACAAGGUCGAGUACAUCAUCAUGGGGGGCACCUUCAUGUCGCUCCCGGAACCGUACCGGGACGAAUUCAUCUCGCAGCUGCACAACGCACUGAGUGGGUAUGGCACGCUAAACGUCGACGAGGCUGUGCGGGCCGGCGAGCAGAGCAACAUCAAGUGCGUGGGCAUCACGAUCGAGACGCGGCCCGACUACUGCCUGCAACCGCACCUCUCGGACAUGCUGCGGUAUGGGUGUACGCGGCUUGAGAUCGGCGUACAGUCGCUCUAUGAGGACGUCGCGCGGGACACUAACCGCGGACACACCGUCGCGGCCGUGGCUGAGACCUUCUGCCUGGCCAAGGAUGCCGGGUUCAAGGUGGUCAGCCACAUGAUGCCGGACCUACCGAACGUCGGCAUGGAGCGUGAUCUGGACCAGUUUCGCGAGUAUUUCGAGAACCCGGCGUUUCGCACGGACGGGCUCAAGAUCUACCCAACGCUGGUUAUCCGCGGCACGGGCCUGUACGAGCUCUGGCGGACGGGCCGGUAUCAGAACUAUACGCCCAACGGGCUGAUCGACCUGGUGGCGCGUAUCCUGGCCCUCGUUCCCCCCUGGACCCGCAUUUACCGUGUGCAGCGCGACAUCCCCAUGCCGCUGGUCACGUCAGGCGUCGAGAACGGCAACCUGCGCGAGCUGGCGCUGGCACGCAUGAAGGACUUUGGCACGACAUGCCGCGAUGUGCGCACACGCGAGGUCGGCGUCAACGAGGUCAAGCACAAGAUCAGGCCCAACCAGAUUGAGCUGGUCCGGCGGGACUACACGGCUAACGGCGGGUGGGAGACGUUCCUGGCGUAUGAGGAUCCCAAGCAGGAUAUCUUGGUCGCGCUGCUCCGGCUGAGAAAGUGCUCCGAGAAGUACACGUUCCGGAAGGAGCUCGUGGGUCAGCCCACCAGCCUGGUGAGGGAGCUACACGUCUACGGCAUGGCCGUGCCCGUCCACGCGCGGGAUCCGAGGAAAUUCCAACACCAAGGCUUUGGGACCCUCCUGAUGGAAGAGGCGGAACGGAUUGCCAGGGACGAGCACGGCAGUGAGAAGAUCAGUGUCAUUUCCGGCGUUGGGGUAAGGAGCUAUUACAGGAAGCUCGGGUACUGGCUGGAUGGCCCCUACAUGAGCAAAUGGCUGGAUGGUAGGCCGGGGCCCGAGGAGUAGGCUGGUUUAGUAGACCCCGGCAGGGUUCUGAAGCGGGUUGGACGACUCAAGGUAGGCCAGGUGCUCAAGUUUGCAUAUUGGCGUUCCGGCUGUGCUUGGAUGGCUCUGGGCUAAGGUCAUGACACGAAAAAAAGAGGAGGCGUUGGUGGUGGUGGUAAAUGCGUUCAUUGAACUCUGUUUACAUAUGUGUAGAUGGCCAAUGAAAACAAUGUAAGUGCAACCGACCUGCCCCUUGCCCCCUUCCGCCCAGGCCGUCCACUCCGAGCUGUUCCCCCCACUUCAGUGGCAGACCGACCUCCCUCUCCGCGGCUUUCUGGUAUGCCUGACGCUAACCAGAAACACCUUUGAAGGCUAGAGAAGAGCUACAACUUAGGUUCCCUAAAAUAUGGCAACCGCAUUUGGCGGUGACGCAACCAGACCGGGAUGGUUCAACGGCACCGACGUC